AUGUGUCAAAGCGGCGAGCAACCGGACAUCAUACGAAGCGCAGCGGCAAUUCGUUUUGUAGCAGCUGAACCACACUCCGAGGAAUUGCUGGUAUCGGAGGGAGCAGAAAGCAGGCAGCAGUGCAUCUCAUCAUCAGGUUUAGGCACUUCCGCCAUCUCAUCGUUGCUCGCUCGAUGUAAACAACAAUUCUGUGCUGAAAUUUUGUGCCGAAACUCAUCCACCAUCAUCAUCUGUCAGGUAAUGCUAUCAUUCGCACGCGAUGAGCUAAAUGCCGGACAGUUGCGUCUGCCGCAAGAAAGAAUCCUGGAAAUGAGCUCCGUUUUGCAUGCAGUGAGCACACUUAUUGAAGGACUAGUGCGGCACGUUGACAAUUUCAAUCCAGAAAUCUACAGAGAACUUGUUAACCUCUAUCCAUCUGUUGUGGAUUGCGUCCCGAGUACGAGGGCAGACCUCCAGGUGGAACAAUCACUGAUAAAUGCUCUAAAAUCGUACCAAGCGUUAUUGCUAUUGAAUAUGCGUAAGUUUGAGUAG